GCCCUCCCCCAGAAGCCCGCCUCCGAACGCCGCGUGAAACCCGCCCGCCGCGCGUCAUUGGUCUCGGUGCCGGAGCCGUUGGCUCCCAGACCCGCCUCUCCGCCUCCUCUCACUUUUCCCAGGGCGGAUGCGCCUGCGCUCAGCUGCCUGGGCGGGCUGGGAGGCGCGGGUUGAAAAGUCUCGUUCCAAGUUUGGAGAGAGAGAGAAGAGCGCCUCAGACCUCGGUACCCGCGAGCGGGGAGGAGGCAGGAAAGAAGGACGCGGCGUCUGGGGAGCACCCAGGCAGCAAGACGGGGCCCGGGCUUUCGACAGCGGGGAGUGUGACGCGCUUGGGAAAGGCAGGAGCGCCAGCGGUCGGGCUGCUCUUGGCUAACGAGGGGAGUCCGAGGCGGCGGCGAGGGGCGAACGACCCGACGCAAGAUGGCGAGUAAAGAGAUGUUUGAAGAUACUGUGGAGGAGCGUGUCAUCAAUGAAGAAUAUAAAAUCUGGAAGAAGAAUACACCGUUUCUAUAUGACCUGGUUAUGACCCAUGCUCUUCAGUGGCCCAGUCUUACCGUUCAGUGGCUUCCUGAAGUGACUAAACCGGAAGGAAAAGAUUAUGCCCUUCAUUGGCUAGUGCUGGGGACUCAUACGUCUGAUGAGCAGAAUCAUCUGGUGGUUGCUCGAGUACAUAUUCCCAAUGAUGAUGCACAGUUUGAUGCUUCCCAUUGUGACAGUGACAAGGGUGAAUUUGGUGGCUUUGGUUCUGUAACAGGAAAAAUUGAAUGUGAAAUUAAAAUCAAUCACGAAGGAGAAGUAAACCGUGCUCGUUACAUGCCGCAGAAUCCUCACAUCAUUGCUACAAAAACACCAUCUUCUGAUGUGUUGGUUUUUGACUAUACAAAACACCCUGCUAAACCAGACCCAAGUGGAGAAUGUAAUCCUGAUCUCAGAUUAAGAGGUCACCAGAAGGAAGGCUAUGGUCUCUCCUGGAAUUCGAAUUUGAGUGGACAUCUCCUAAGUGCAUCUGAUGACCAUACUGUCUGUCUGUGGGAUAUAAACGCAGGACCAAAAGAAGGCAAAAUUGUGGAUGCUAAAGCGAUCUUUACUGGCCACUCAGCUGUUGUAGAGGACGUGGCCUGGCACCUGCUGCACGAGUCAUUGUUUGGAUCUGUUGCUGAUGAUCAGAAACUUAUGAUAUGGGACACCAGGUCCAAUACCACCUCCAAGCCGAGCCACUUGGUGGAUGCGCACACUGCCGAAGUCAACUGCCUCUCAUUCAAUCCCUACAGCGAAUUUAUUCUAGCCACCGGUUCUGCGGAUAAGACUGUAGCUUUAUGGGAUCUUCGUAACUUAAAAUUAAAACUCCAUACCUUCGAAUCUCAUAAAGAUGAAAUUUUCCAGGUCCACUGGUCUCCACAUAAUGAAACUAUUCUGGCUUCAAGUGGUACUGACCGCCGCCUGAAUGUGUGGGAUUUAAGUAAAAUUGGGGAAGAACAAUCAGCAGAAGAUGCAGAAGAUGGGCCUCCAGAACUCCUGUUUAUUCAUGGAGGACACACUGCUAAGAUUUCAGAUUUUAGCUGGAACCCCAAUGAGCCUUGGGUCAUUUGCUCAGUGUCUGAGGAUAACAUCAUGCAGAUAUGGCAAAUGGCUGAAAAUAUUUACAAUGAUGAAGAGUCAGAUGUCACGACAUCCGAACUGGAGGGACAAGGAUCUUAAACCCAAAGUACGAGAUGUUUCUGUUGAAUGUAAUGCUACAUGAAUGCUUGAUUUGUCAAGCGCCAAAAAGGCAUUGUAUAGUAGGAAAUGUAAGUGGGGUGGCUUAUGGCUUCUGUAUCCUCUGAUUCUAGCACUUUCAAGUGAGCUGUUGCGUACUGUAUCAUAUUGUAGCUAUUAGGGAAGAGAAGAAUGUUGCUUAAGAAAGAACAUCACCAUUGAUUUUAAAUACAAGUAGCAGGGUAUUGCCUUUGAUUCAACUGUUUUAAGUCCUCAUUUUCUCAAACUAAGUGCUUGCUGUUCCCAAAUAUGCAAGAAUAACUUUUACACUUUUUCCUUCCAACACUUCUUGAUUGGCUUUGCAGAAAUAAAGUUUUAAAAUAAAA